AUGGGUGGAUCCCAAUACUACCAAGACACGGUAUCUUCCAUCAAAGCGUACCAGCGCCGAGCCGAAGCAAAGAAGAAUUGGACCGAACCGACCGACAUCCCAAACACGGUGAUCUUCUUCGCCGAAGAGGAAAUGGCAGGGAUAGAUAGACCACACACCGAUCCACUAGUGAUCGAAAUGACGAUCAGAGACCACGACGUGGCGAGUGUACUCAUCGAUACCGGGAGCUCGGUAGAUGUUAUCUUCAGGGAGACACUCAGACGGAUGGGAAUCGAUCUCUCCGAGGUGACGACAGUCCCUAAACCUCUAACCGAGUUUUCAGGAGAAACAACAAUGACUAUGGGCACUAGACUCCCAAUCGCGGAGAGCCGCGAAACACGCACCGACCCGGAAUGUGAUGCGGUGGACUCGGUGUGCAUAGACGAAGCGCAUCCAGAGAGGCAUGUCGAGAUCGAAACUAAGCUAGAAGAACCUUUGAAAAAGGAACUCAUUUCCUUCCUUAAUGGUAAUAUCAACACUUUUGCCUGGAGAGCGGAGGAUAUACCAGGCAUAAGCAUCGACGUGACCUGUCACGAGCUGAACGUGGACCCAACCUUCAAACCAAUCAAGCAAAAAAGGAGGAAGCUCGGACCCGAACGAGCUAAAGCAGUUAACGACGAUGUGGAAAGAUUGCUCAAAGUAGGAUCAAUCGCCGAGGCAAAGUACCCGGACUGGCUCGCUAAUCCAGUGGUCGUGAAGAAGAAGAACGGUAAGUGGCGAGUCUGUGUAGAUUUCACUGAUCUCAACAAGGCGUGCCCAAAAGACAGUUUCCCUUUAUCGCACAUCGAUCGGCUCGUCGAAGCCACUGCAGGGAACAAGUUGUUGACAUUCAUGGAUGCGUUUUCAGGUUACAACUAA